ACUUGCUGGUGAAAAAGCGAGAGGGUGAGACAGAUCUUCAAUUUAGUUCGCAGAGUGAAGCAAUGUGGAGAAGAAUGGGCGUUCCGUCUCCAUCGUUGCUGUAUCGACAUUAAAUCAAACACAGGAGAAAAUAAAUUUUACUUUCAAAGAACCAACGAACUAAUUAUAAAUGGGCGAUUUUGGGAGUUAAGCCAAUUAAAAUAUUAUCCCCCGGCAAAUGAUUAAAAUCCCGGCGGGAUCAAAUAUUGCAAACUUUUAAUAUAACAAGAUAAUUAUUGAUUCACUAAUUUAUUAAGUUUGUGCAUUUAAUUUCUCACGUUUGUUAAAUCAACAAAUUCUGCUGAACGUUUAUACACCGUAUCAGUUUCUUUGUAAUUUGCCUAAUUACAUCGCCAAAAGUUACUACACAUUGAAUUUAGUGGAGAACACCGAUUUGGACAAUUGAAAACGUCGGUGAAAUUCAAUUGAAGAUCGACAUGCCUACGUUAAUGCCAUCGCUAGAUUUAACCUACGAUGUUGAUGGAGUGAAUAUACCGGAUGUGCCUGACCGAAACAAUGAAGCGUCGCACGGUUUGCAACUGCAAACGACGCGCGACCAGGACCACACGCAACUGCAGCAACGCGAUCAUCUACAACUGUUGCAACUGCAGCUGCCACAGAGGGACCACGUGGCCCCUCAGCAACUGCAACAACGGGACAGGGACCAGUUGCAGUAUCAGCAACGAGACAGGGAGCAAUUACAUCGCGACAAGUUGCAACAGCAACGUGAUCGCGACCGCGAACGGGAGCAUCUGCAUCAGUUGCAGUCGAUCAACAACUUGUUACUGGACUUGCCGCCGCCGGCUAACUUUCAAGGAUAUCCGCACGACAAGUCACGCCCGCAACCUAAAAAAGGCAACAAUAUCGAUGGAGACAUGUCGAUUUCGGAUCUAUUCGGGCUAGGUUUACCCCGGGGAUCGUUGAUGAACAGCCAGUCAACGGCUGCAUCACCCGGCUGCCAUAAUUAUCAAUAUCAGGCUCGCAAUCAGGGAUCCUCUCAGCAUUAUCAGCAAUGCGAUGAUAGGAAUGGAAUGUGCUCGAAUUCCCUGAUGUUGGAUGUACCAAGCUCGCCUAGUUCUAUCAGUACACCUGGUAGCCCUAGCACACCCGGAAGUCUGUACUCUAAUCCAUAUUCAUACUCGUCUAUGAACAGUAGCAAUCAGACAGCAUCAUCUCCAACUAGUAGAGGAUCCAUGCAGCAGAUCGGUUCACCGUCGUCCCCUCUUCAUUCUCCCUAUUAUGGGAGAUCUAUUCGUGGUUCUCCCCCUUAUAGCGACUGCAGUAGUCCUACAUUUGAGUACUCUCAUAUGAUGGGUUGCAAUAGUUCAAGAUCAAACUCACCAGCUGACUCAGAAACAAGUGGAAUAAGUAGCAUGGAUGGUUCUCUAUCCGACAUAAUGAAUUGCUUAUCAUUAAAUUCAUCAUCACAUGGAUGUUACCCUCAGUCUCUGAGUUCGUUGAUAUCACCGGAAGUGGAUUUAUGCACGAACAACAGAGCAGCUGCGUUUCAACGUAUGGCGGUGAAAAAGUACUUGUCUCCGGCCCAUCAGAAUUCUUCGUCGACCCAUCAUCAUCAUUCGCACGGACAUAAUCGUGGCCAUCACUACGGGUCGAAUCAGAACAAUGGUUUUCUCAAUUCUCUAUUGUCACAUGAGAAAAAUUGUUGCUCCUCCGGUAAUCAUAUGAUGUCACCGAAUUCACCGCCGAUUAAUAUUUUAAAUCCGCAACUCUCUCUUGAACGUGUAGCCCGAUUUCAUCGAAGUGCCGCUGCACUUUGUGAUCCAACUUGCACUUGGAGCGGUAUAUUGCCUCAACGUACUCAGAAACCGUCGGGUUAUUCGUCUAAGGUAUUUCUUGGUGGGGUACCUUGGGACAUUACCGAAUCCCUUUUAAUUGCAACUUUCAAGCAGUUUGGUCAAAUACGAGUGGAAUGGCCAGGAAAAGACCAGUCCACUGCUCAACCCAAGGGAUAUGUAUAUAUCAUAUUUGAGUCUGAAAAACAGGUGAAAACUUUGUUGGCGUGUUGUACACACGAUUUUACCAACGGUGGUAGUUGGUAUUAUAAAAUAUCUUCUAAACGUAUGAAAGCAAAAGAGGUUCAAGUAAUACCGUGGAUUCUAGAAGAUAGUAAUUAUGUAAAAUCUUCUUCGCAAAAACUUGAUCCUCACAAAACAGUAUUCGUUGGCGCUCUUCACGGUAUGUUAACAGCUAGUGGUUUAGCGAAAAUUAUGGAUGAUCUGUUCCGUGGAGUUAUUUAUGCAGGUAUUGAUACCGACAAACAUAAGUAUCCGAUAGGAUCUGGUCGUGUUACGUUUAGUACAAAACAUUCAUACAUGAAAGCAAUUUCAGCUGCUUUUAUAGAAAUAAAAACUGCCAAAUUUACGAAAAAGGUGCAAGUUGAUCCGUACUUGGAAGAUUCUAUGUGUUCUGAAUGUUCAGUGCAACAAGGACCUUACUUUUGUCGUGAAGUGAUUUGCUUCCGAUAUUUCUGUCGCAGUUGUUGGCAAUGGCAACACUCUAUGGAAUCAAUGUGGCACCACAAGCCUUUAAUGCGUAAUUCAAAAACAAACCAAGUAGUUGGAUUGUCACCGAAUUUGAACUCUGGAUCUCGUGGAAUGAAUAACUCCACAAUUUAAGUACAAUCGCCAAGCUUUUCUUUCAUAAUCACACAUUCACUUUUUUUUGACUAUUAGUUUUCACACGGACGUUGCGCUUACUGACAGGGUGCAAACUUAGUUUUUAUCCCAAAGCAGCGGGUAGCUGGUUUGACGAUAUACAUAAAAAUACCGUAUACACCAGCUGAUCGGCGAACGCAACGAUUUCUUUAUUAUCGUUAUUAUCACGUACGUCCGUGUCGUAGAGACUAAUUAAAAGAUAAAAAUCGUGUUUCCUGAAAAAGUUCCUAUUUCGAACGCGGUAACCACCACGUUCAACAAACAGUAUUUUUAUUUAGUAUGUUUACUUAGGGGACUGGCUCUCUAGUUGAUCGUUUUAUUACGAAGAAUAUAAUUGUGCCAUUAAGUAAUGUGUCACAUUAUACGGCAAUUAUGCAACUGUGCAUUUAUAUUGAAUUCAUGUGAGUUCAAUUGUGGCUUUUAUAAUGGAAAUAAUUUUUAUGCGAUAAAAAUAAGAAGCCACUCGACUGUUAAGAAAGGAAAAAAAAGAAAGAAAGAAAGGCUAAGUUCCGUGAUCUUCCAUGAUCCAUAAAAUACAAUGCGCCGCUAUAAUAAUCUAUAGGUGAAAUAUUACGCUUAAUCGUAAAUUAUUCGAUGAUAUUAGAUUAUUGUAUUGUUCUAGCGGCAGAAGGGAUGAAUAAUUCAAUUAUUAUUUUUCGCGAAGAACGUAUUUAAUUUGAUAUAACCAAAGCGAUGACUUUCUAUUGAAGUACUAUCUAAAACUCAAUCCGUUCUUCUGUUUCAAAGUUUAUCGAUGAUAUUGCCCAUCGUUAUAGUUUUACGUUAGAUUGUACAGUGUAAGGGUACUGCCAAAAUGGCCACUGUAAUCAUAAUUUAUAAUCUUAGUGAAAGUGCUAAGCAUUUUGCGAGCUUUCGUUCACAGGGACUGUUUAACUGUUGACGAAAUGGAAAAGUACAUGGUCUACGAUUCUGGAGCGGAUUGUAGUGAAUUGAUUCUGUUUUUAUUUUUUGUUACGAUAUUAUGUUAUGUAUUUUUCUUUCAACAACAUUUCUAUAGCAUUCUAAUCGUGUUUCUAAUGUUUUGAUAUCAUUUUGUUGAGUGAAUUAAAAAUCAUAUUUUUGCAGAUAGA